AUGGCUUUGAGCUGCAGUGAUUUUUCUGGUCAGCGUUUGAGGGGCGGAAUCCCACCUGAAACAGCCAAUCUUCAGUACUUAACAACACUUUACAUCAACGACAACAAACUGGAAGGACCAAUACCAACUUUUCUUGGUGAAAUGAAGUCUUUAAGCGAAUUAGAUCUUUCAGGCAACUGGUUCAAUGGCUCAAUUCCAACAGCAUUGGAUUCCCUUCCAUCUCUCCAACUUCUGUUCCUGAACAACAACUUGCUAUCAGGAGGAAUUCCACCACAACUUGGGAACCUUACAAGCCUGGUCCAACUGGAUUUGUCUGACAAUCAGCUCUCAGGUGUUCUCCCCUACGAGCUAGGACACCUUAUAAACCUUGAAUACUUGUGGUUGAUUAACAACAAUUUCAUUGGUGAAUUGCCUCAAAGCUUAGCAGCUUUAAGGAAGAUGGUCAACCUGUAA